AAUAAAUUAAUUACCUUAAAAAAGUAAAAUGUACACGGGUUAUGAGCCAUCACAUAAUUAGUCUUAGCGAAAUAUGAAUUUAACAUUAGCAACAAAUGAGAAAUCAAUACUUUAAGAACCAAUAAUAGUUUCUAUGCAAAAAGAAGUUGAUAAUUAUACUAGAAAAUUAGAAUAAGAAAAACGUCGUUUAUUUGGAUUAGAUGAAACAUAUAAUAUAGUACUAAAAGAAUAUAAACAAAAAAUUUAAUCUAUAAAAGAGUUAAAGCAAAAAUCGCAUAAUACGGAAACAAAAUUAAUGGAAUCUUAAAUAAAAAAUCAAUAAGCUAAAAUCGAAAAAGUUUUAGGCAAGCAUAAUGAAACUUAAUCAGCAAACUAAGAUUUAUAAGAACAAAUAAACCAACUUAGGAAGGAGCGUGUUUUACAUUUAGAAGUAUGCAAAAAGCUUGAAGAAGAUAUAAUUCGAAUAAGUCCAAAAAAAGCAGAUGAAAAUAAACCUAAAUUUGAAAUAUUGAAAACCACAAAUAAAAAAGAAAACUUUGAUACUUAAGAUACUCAAAAUUUACUAAAACAUCGUUUAAAAAAAAUAAUAGCAAACAAUAAAGAAAAGGUAAAAAUAAUCGAUUAAUACCAAAAGAACCUUAAAGUAAUAGAAGAAGCUUUCAAUUAAAUAAAGGAAUGUAGUGGUAUAACUGAUAUCGAAGAAAUAGCCAAUACUUUUAUAAAAAGUGAAGAACAAAAUUAUUCACUAUAUAAUUAUGUGGAUAUCUUAUCUCAAGAUAUAGAUAAUCUAGAAACUUUGAAUACUGAUCUUGAAAAAAAAUGCGAAGAUUAAGAAAAUGAUAAUGAAGCCCGUAGAAGAGCCUUACAAGGCACUCCUCAUGAUGAGAAAAUAAAGAAAAAAAUUAAUAAUUUAUUGUCAAAAAAAUAAACGGAAAUCGAUACUGCGCGUAAUAUUAUAAAAGACCUCAAGCCAACACUUCAAACAUUACUUAUUGACCUUGCACAAACAUCUUUUAACCCAGAUUCGAAAAGAAAAUUUGAAUAUGAAUUAGGCUUCGAUUUAAGUGAAGGUAAUUUAGAAAAUUAUCUUGCAGAUGUUGAAUUUUAUUCUAAUAUUUUACUUUCUUAUAAAAGCUAAGAAAACGGAGAUUUAUCAUAAUUUUUAUUAAUUGACCAAAUUCCACCAAAGAAUAAUAGUACUAAUCAAAAUACCGUCGUUUAAGAACCAAAUAAUAUUGACGAAUAUUUCAAUUUAGAUUCAAAAGAUAAAGAGUUAUAUUAACAUGAAAAACUAAGAGAAUUAGCAAUUGAAGCAUUCGAGUAAAGAAAAAUGAAAGGUUAAAAUUGA